AUGACAUCUCGACAGAGUACCCGAGUAUCGACACCGUAUCCAACCGAUGACAUCUCGACAGAGUACCCGAGUGAGGAAGCAUCAACGGCGUACCCGACUGAAGCGCCCUACCUUACCGAGGAGGUAUCGACACCCUACCCGACAGAAGAAAUCUUGACGCCCUGUCCGACAGAAGAAGUCUUGACGCCCUGUCCGACAGAAGAAGUCUUGACGCCCUACCCGACGGAAGAAGUCUUGACACCCUCCCCGACCGAGGACGUAUCGACGCCGUACCCCACCGAAGAGAUCCCGACCGAUUACCCAACCGAAGAGACUCCGACGGAAUACCUGAUGGAGGAGGCCUCGACAAAGUAUCCGCCUGAAGAUGUCGCGACGAAGUACCCGACCGAAGAGGUCACCACGGAGCCUCCAACAGCACCGUGCACUGACCAGGACACAAGCGGUAUUGAGGGUGGAGAACAAAGUUCACUACUUCAACGCUGGUAUCUAUUCCUCAACGGUUUGAGCAAACGUUUCCAACUUCCGUGAGCGAGAUGACUUCAACGGCGGGUAGACGACUGGGCUAAACAACGGACAGGCGGGGAGUAUUGCUGCUUACCAUGCUGCCCAUUGAUCGGUCAGAGUCUCCAACCAUUCGACAGCCACUUUUCUUUUUGACAAAACAGAUAAUUGCAUUUAUUUCAUUCAUCGAUUCGCCAUAAUGAGUUUGCUUAGUACUCAUCGAUUUCUCUACUUUCGGAAAAUAUAUUAGUUCUCACAGUCGUCAGCGGUAACCGUUCUGCUGAGUCUCGAUCACGAACUGUUAUUACUCCAAUCACAUCUCACUGUUUC